AUCUAUUAUUUAAAAUAAAAUAAUCCCUGAGUGCAUAGAGGAGACGCGACCUCCGUACCUCACAAUCCAUUCUCUUCUCUGUCUGCAUUGCGGCUAGGGUUUGGAGAAACCCCAAUUUCCUCCCUUUCCUUGUGUUUUCUAGAUCUCUGAUUGAUUGCAGAAAUGGGUGAAUAGCUGGAUUAGGGUUCCAACUUGCGCGUAUCUGCGAAGGAACGCAUAGGAGGAAUGGCGACGGCCAACCCGUUCGAUUUACUCGGAGACGAUGAUGCAGAGGACCCCUCUCUGCUGAUUGCUGCGCACCAGCAGAAGAUUGAGACUAAAAAAGCGGCCGCUCCAUCGGCUGCGGCGGGAGGGGGCAAGCCACUGAAUAAGAUGGCGUCGCCUCAGUCUCAGUCUCAGCCUAAGCUCCCCUCCAAGCCACUCCCACCGGCUCAGGCUGUAAGAGAGGCAAAAUCUGAAUAUGGCUAUGGUGGUCGUGGUGUUGGAGGACGUGGCAAUGGCCGCGGCCGUGGACGUGGGUCCUACAGGGAUUCACAGCCCUAUGAAAAUUCUUAUGGAAACAAAGAUAUAUCUGCCCAUGAAGCUGAUGGUGGAAAACCUUAUGAAAGGCGUGGUGGUUAUGGUGGAUCCCGUGGGCCUUUCCGUGGCGGCCGCCGCGGUGGCUUCAACAAUGGAGAGGUUGGUGAAGGUGAUCGUGACCUCCCCCGCAGGCCAUUUGAUCGCCGUUCUGGAACAGAGCAAGGAAACGAGAUAAAAAGUGAAGGAGCUGGCCAAGGAAACUGGGGAACUCAUUCAGAUGAACUGGCUCAACCGGAUGAGGGAAUUGCUGCUGAAGGGAAGAAAAGUCAUCUGAAUGCUGAGACACCUGCAGGCGACAAUGAUGGCGUCCCUAUUGGAGACAAGGAAGAUGCUAAAAGUGAAGUUAAAGAAGAAGAACCUGAAAAUAAGGAGAUGACACUGGAAGAGUAUGAAAAGGUUGUGGAGGAAAAGAGGAAGGCUCUGCAGGCUCUUAAAACCAACGAGGAAAGGAGGGUUGAUGCAAAAGAAUUCGCGUCCAUGCAACAACUGUCAAACAAGAAAUCUAAUGAUCAUGUUUUUAUUAAAUUGGGAUCUGAAAAGGAUAGGAAGAAAGAUUUAACUGAGAAAGAAGAGAGAGCCAAAAAGUCAGUGAGCAUCAAUGAGUUCUUGAAGCCUGCUGAGGGAGAGAGACACUACACAGCUGGCAGCCGUGGUCGAGGCCGUGGGCGUGGGCCCCGUGGAGGUUACAGUGGAGGGUUUGAGAACAACCCGGCACCUUCGAUUGCAGAUCCAGGUCAGUUCCCUACUCUGGGAAGCAAAUAAUACUACAUAAUAAUAAUGUUUUAAAGAUGAUGAUGUAGCAAAUGAGAGAGAGUCUGAGUUUAGUUUAUAUGAAAUAGUUAGUGUGUUUUUGAGUUGAUACAUACAUACGUAACGUACUUAGUCGUGUUGUACAUUUUGUUGCCGGGCUCCCCUUAACUAAUUUGAUGGUUACAGAUUUUCGAUGGAUUCUAAUAA